AUGGCAAUGCAAUACAUCUUAUGUGGAGGUCAGCUCUAUAGGAGAUCCUAUGAUGGUAUACAUCUUCGUUGUCUAAAGAAAGAAGAAGUUGAGAAAGUUAUGGAAGAAAUUCAUCAAGGGAUUUGUAGUCCUCAUAUGAAUGGGAUAAUGUUAGCCAAGAAGAUCUUAAGGAUAGGGUACUACUGGAACAUGCUGGAGAUUGAUUGUGUAGACUUUGUGAAGAGUUUCCAUGAUUACCAAACACAUGCAAAUUUGAAUCACAUGCCACCUAAAGAGCUAUAUAGCAUGACCUUUCUAUGGCCUUUCUCAGUCUGGGGCAUAGAUAUGAUUGAAAGGAUAGCUCCUAAGGCCUUGAAUGGACAUAAAUUUAUCCUAGUGGCAAUAGACUACUUCACUAAGUGGGUGGAGGCAGCUUCUUACUCUGUGUUAAAAGCCAAGCAUGUGGCUCGAUUCAUAGAGAAUAACAUCAUUUGUUUGUAUGGGGUACCCCAAGAGAUCAUCUCCAAUAAUGGUUCACACUUUGAGGGAGAGGUUAGAACAAUCAUGAAACUGUACAAUAUUGAGCAUCACAAGCCUUCACCAUAUCAACCAUAG